CGCCCCGUCCCGUGCGCUGCUAACGGAGCAUGGCGGGCCCGAGCGGUGGGGCUCGGUGGUCGCUGCUGCCGCUGCUCCUGCGCUCCCGCCCGCCGCCGCCGCCGCGCAGCAUCCCGGGGCCGCCGCGCAGGACCGGGGGCUCGGCGGCGGCAGCGGCGGGGCCGGCGCGGCUGAAGGGACCGGAGGAGCUACCGGGGCCGGGGCUGUUUCGGACUUUCGUCUGGCUCUUCCUGCGGGGCUACCUGCUGCACACGCACCGGCUUCAGCUGAUGUCCCGGCGCAUCUAUGGUCCUAUCUGGAAGUCAACUUUCGGGCAUUACGAGAACAUCAACAUUGGGAGCCCUGUGGUGCUGGAGCAGCUGCUACGGCAGGAGGGCAAGUACCCCAUGCGGAGCGACAUGGCGCUGUGGAAGGAGCACCGGGACACCCGACACCUGCCCUACGGACCCUUUACCGAGGAAGGGGAGCGCUGGUAUCGCCUGCGCCAGGUCCUCAACAAGCGGUUGCUGAAGCCCUCGGAGGCGGUGCUGUACGCGGACGCCAUCGGGGAGGUGGUGUCAGACCUGAUGAUGCGGCUGCGGGAUGAGCGGAGACGCAGCCCCUCGGGGGUGCUGGUGGGGGACGUGGCCAACCUGCUCUACCGCUUCGCCCUGGAAGGGAUCUCCUAUAUCCUCUUUGAGACCCGCAUCGGGUGCCUGAAGCACCAGGUCCCCACCGAGACCCAGCGCUUCAUCGAUUCCAUCAACCUCAUGUUCAAGAACUCCAUCUUUGCCACCGUCCUGCCCCGAUGGAGCCGCAAGGUGCUGCCCUUCUGGGACCGCUACCUGGACAGCUGGGACACCAUCUUCGCCUUUGGCAAGACCCUGAUUGACCGAAAGAUGGAGCAGCUGGAGGGGCAGGUGGAGCGGGGCAAGGAGGUGUCUGGUUACCUGAGCUACCUGCUGGCCAGUGGCAGGCUCAGCCUGGAUGAGGUCUAUGGCAGCGUGGCCGAGCUGCUGCUGGCCGGCGUGGACACGACCUCCAACACGCUCUCCUGGGCCCUGUACCACCUCUCCCGGGACCUGAGCAUCCAGGAGACCCUGUACCAGGAGCUGAAAGCCGUUGUGCCUCCCGACCGGUUUCCUGGUGCUGAGGAUAUCCCCAAGAUGCCGAUGCUUCGGGCCAUUAUCAAGGAGACGCUGAGGGUCUACCCUGUGGUGCCAACCAACGCCAGGGUCUUCUAUGAGAAGGACAUUGUCAUUGGAGACUACCUCUUCCCCAAGAACACCCUCUUUGUCCUGGCGCACUAUGCCAUGUCCCACGACGAGACGUACUUCCCUGAGCCAGAGAAGUUCCUGCCCCAGCGCUGGCUCCGUGGCCAUGGCUCCCCCCACCACCCCUUCAGCUCCAUCCCCUUUGGCUACGGGGUCCGUGCCUGCGUUGGCCGCCGCAUCGCUGAGCUGGAGAUGCACUUGGCCCUCGCCAGGAUUGUCCAGGCCUUCGAGGUGCGGCCAGACCCCAGCGGCGUGGAAGUGACAUCUGUGUCCCGCAUCGUCCUGGUGGCCGACAAGCCAAUCAACCUGGAGUUCAUCGCUCGCCCGGGGGCCCCCGAAUGCGUGCCCACCCCCCACCCUGGGUGCUGAGGGGGGACCCCUGCUGCCCCACCAGGAGGGGCAGGAAGGCAAACGCACCCCAGCUUGGGCCAAUGGGCUCCCAGCCCCGCUGUGGGAAGAUGGGGGGGACAAGGGAUGCCCACAUAUUGCCUCUGGGGCACUAGUAUCCCCUACCCCAAAUCAGCAGGAGGCUUGGGGAACUGCUGUGCCUUUCACACGUGGCGGGGGGUUGUGUCGUCCCAUCACGUGCCCAGCCGGGCUGCGUCGGGGACCUGGGAACUCUGCCGGGGCAGGGGGGAAGCGGGGAGGGGGCUUGCAGCCAUUCAGUGUCUCCUUCGUCCCGUCCUUGUGUAGCUGCGUGUGGAUCUCUGCCUGGAGCCAGGACAUCUGGGUCCUCUUUGAACAGCUGACUUUGGUCUCAGCCAA